AUGGUGUCUUGCCCCAUCUGUGGAAAGCCCGUCUCCUCACUUAGGAUCAACGACCAUAUCGAUUCCGACUGCCAGCAGUUUAUCGAAGAGCCCACAUCGAGCGUUGGCGACCCCUCACCUUCCCAGAAAGCUCCAGUCCCAGCCUUUUUCCAGCCAUCUUCAACGCGAAAAGCUUCCUCUCAGCGCGAACCUCUCUCCGAUGCAUCUCCCCUCCGCAACCUCAACGGCAAGAGAACGGUGACCGUGUCGCCGAAUGGCAGCUCAUUGUCCGAAUAUAACACUGCCAGCUCUCAGCGGGAUGACGUGGUAGAGUCAGCACCGAAGAAACCGAAAGUCAAUGCCUUUCAGAGAGCUGCACCACUAGCCGAGCGUAUGCGCCCUGGGACGCUCGACGAAGUAUGUGGCCAAGAGCUUGUCGGUCCAGCUGGGGUUCUACGAGGCCUUAUCGAGGAAGACCGGGUACCAAGCAUGAUUUUAUGGGGCGGCCCUGGCACUGGGAAAACAACGAUAGCACGGGUUAUUGCAUCGAUGGUGGGAAGCAGAUUUGUCGAGAUCAACAGUACUAGCACUGGUGUUGCUGAGUGCAAGAAGAUCUUUGGAGAGGCAAAGAGUGAACUCGGCCUAACCGGAAGGAAGACGAUCAUAUUCUGCGACGAGAUCCAUCGAUUUUCAAAGUCUCAACAAGAUGUCUUCUUGGGACCGGUCGAGAGUGGUCAGGUCACGCUAAUUGGAGCGACGACUGAAAACCCAUCCUUCAAAGUCCAAAAUGCCCUGCUUUCCAGGUGUAGAACUUUUACCCUAUCGAAACUCACCGAUGAAGAUAUCAAAUCUAUCUUGGACCGUGCCCUGCAAACCGAAGGGCCGAACUACGUACCGUCUUCCCUAGUGGACGACGAGCUGCUCAAUUAUCUGGCAAAAUUUGCCGACGGAGAUGCCCGCACUUCACUCAACCUGCUAGAGUUGGCGAUGAACUUAUCGAAACGACCAGAGAUAACCAAGGAUGAGAUAAAGCGAGCUUUGACCAAGACGCUUGUGUACGAUCGGGCUGGGGACCAGCACUACGACACUAUUUCUGCCUUUCACAAAUCCAUCCGGGGCAACGACCCCGACGCUGCGCUAUAUUAUCUCGCCCGCAUGAUUCAAUCGGGAGAGGACCCUCUCUACAUAGCUCGGCGCUUGAUAGUCGUCGCUUCAGAGGACAUAGGGUUAGCGGAUCACAGCAUGUUGACGCUCGCGAUCUCGACUCACUCCGCGGUGGAGAAGAUUGGACUUCCGGAGGCACGGAUCAAUCUCGCACAUGCCACAGUGGCCAUGGCGUUGGCGCGGAAAAGCACUCGUGCCUAUCGCGGGCUCAACAAUGCUUUUGCUGCUUUGGCGGAACCUGGCGUUGCAGGUUUGCCAAUUCCCAUUCACCUGCGCAACGCCCCUACACGAUUGAUGAAGGAACUUGGAUACGGUAAGGAAUACAAGUACAACCCAAAUUAUGUCAAUGGCAACGUGGUACAGGAUUACCUCCCGGAGCAGCUACAUGGACGACAAUUUCUGGAGAGUCGCGAUCUGGGGACGAAGAUUGAUCCAGAUUGGAUGGAAAGAAGCUCAAAGAAUUUCAAGCGUGAUAAUUGA